GUGGGUGUUCCCCUCCCGUGGGGACCUCGUGCAUCCAGACCCCUUGGUGGACCCCUUGGUAGGGACCAAUCAAUGUGGGUCCAGUAUCGAUAUGUUAACACUUUAUGAUUUAUUUAGUCGAUUGACUCUAACAGUGAACCAGAGUUCUUUCUUUGCUGACACUUCUAAUACAAGUUUCAAUUACAUGAGUCUUUUUCUUUUUCAUGGAUAAAAGCUGUAGAUAAUUAAUGUAUACAGUGUGGAGUUUGGAGAUCAUGCACCCAUGAAACCAUUACUGCAGUCAGUGCUAUAAACCGUCCGUCACCUCCAGGGGCCUCUUCCUGCUCUUAUUAUCAUUUUGUGAUAAUAACACUUAACUAGCAGAAUUCUAGGUCGACAACACGUGUUAGUAACUCUAGGACUUGCUCAUUUUGCGUUACUGAGACUUUGUACUCUGACUAGUUUGUCCCAUUUCUCCUCCCCCAGCCCCUGGCAACCACUCUUCCACCCUCUGCCUCUCUGACUGUUCUAGAUUCCUCCUGUGAGGGGUACGUGGUAUUUUGUCUUUCUGAGUCUGGUUUAUUUCACUUAGCACAAUGUCCUCCACGUUCAUCCACGUUGUCACAAAUGGCAGAAUUUCUUUGUUUUUUAAGGCUAAAUUAUCUGCUGUAUAUACCAAAGUUUAUGCAUUCAGUGGUCCAUGGACACUUACUUAGGUUGCUUCCAUAUCUUGGCUAUUGUGAAUAAUGCUGCAGUGAACGUGGGGUGUAGACAUCUCUUGGAGACCUUGAUUUAAUUUCCUUUGGAUAUUCACCCAGAAGUAGGAUUGCUGAUCAUAUGGUAGUUCUAUUUUUAGUCUUUUGAGGAACUUCCCUGCGGUUUUCAUAGUGGCUGCACCAAUUUGUAUUCCCACCAACAGGCCACAGUACUGUACCACGGUGUACAUCAGUCUUACCUAAGAUAAAACCAAAUGGAUUAAAUAAACCCCAAAUGUAACGAUAAAUUAAGCAGACUGAUUGUUUAGAAAUUGUUUCUUUAUAGGAAGUGUCUUAAAACUUUGGGAAGACACCCUGGACGGGGGAGGAAUUUGCAUGCUGUGAUACACUUAAGAGCCAGGUGCCGCCUGGCUGCGUGUGAUGUGCAGGAUGUGGCCGACACUGGAGAGCUCUUGCAUUUGCCUCCCGCCCCCACCAGGAGGGCAGGACCACGGAAGCCCAGAUUCUUAAGGGAAGGCAGGACUGGAGGGACCACCUCUAGAGAUGGCUUCUGACAGUUUUAAAGAGAAGCUGGAAAUCUGGAGGUUUUGUUUGUUUGUUUGUUUGUUUUAGUGAACCCUGUAAAUGUUGAAAAGUUGGCAACUAAUUAAAAAUUUUGAAACACUGAGUAUCAAAGAAAUUGUACCUGUGGGUCACCAGUGUGUGACCUCUGAUAUGUUUCUAGUGGUAUUUUUAUCAAGGGAAUACAUUCGUGAUUUUUCAGAAGACACAGAAAGCCAGAUCUGAAUCUGAUGUAAUGACUGCACGUUAUCAUUUUUGUCUUAUUUUUGUGUUUUUAUGCCGAAGAAUGUUAUUAAAAAAUAUUUCCUCAUAGCUUACUUACCUCAGAAUUAACUGGGGCUCCAUUCACACUAGUAAGGAACCCAGGCUUUAGGAUCAGAGGCUGCGAGGGCCACAUGUGCCCACCAGGGAGGUGGAAUGCCGGCAGCAGGCUCGUGACUGCUCUCUGCGGUGCUUGCUUUGUGUCUAAACCUCAUUGUAUCAAGGACUGGAACUAUCUUCUGUGAAGUAACUUUUGUGUGUGUCUUCUGAAAACUUAAUACAGUUGCCAGUUGGAUCGGCAGGAAUACUGUUUUGUGCAUUUGCGUUACUUAGCACUCUGUGAGUUUUGAAAUUUGGGUGAAGACAGUGGCCCGUGCGGUGGGUUCCUGCCCUUCUGCAGCUUUCGGUUGAAGCGUGACUUUCGUAGCCCCCAUUGAGCCCACCUAGGGAAAGUGGAGGUGCCUCGGUGAGAUUGCUAAAUCCUGGGAAGUGCACACCCUAGAGCAGCGUCACUUUAGGGGUGAUUUUAAAGUGGUCUUUGAUUCAUGACUGUGUAAAGCUCUCUGUUUCAAAGCUGUAAGUCUGUCCCUGUGGCCAGAUGCACUGUUGCAGCUUUCCCGGCUGAGGAGCGUUCAGAGCCAGUCAUGAAGUCCGGGAGACCUGAGCACAAGCAGCUCUGGCGGCUGGAGAUUUCCUGUCCUGUUAGGUGGCUGCAGGUUUAAAUUGGAGUGAUAGUAAAUGGAUUGCUGUGUGAGGUCAUUCUGAGGUUUUAAAAUAUUUUAUUUUUCCUGAUUUUUUGAGAUGAGCCUUUCCUUGCGUGGUUCAUUUUUUACACCCUCUUAAAGCAAGGAAAGAGGGUGUGUUCUUGUCUCCAGCAUCUCGUCAGUCGUUCUGGUGUUUAGAUUCACCAACUUGGAGCAAGCUCUCUGUGGUGAGUUGACGUGGAUCCCCUAACUGAGUGUUCCUCUUACCCAGCUUCCUGGGACCCCGACCCAGCGGGUCCAGGGCUGUGGGUGGAACAGAACUCACUGCUCUUCACUGGAACCUGUGGCCUUUCCCUCAACUGCCUGUGCUUUCUGGUUGAGAACGGUGUCUCGUUAAGAACCACUUUCUCUGCAGUCACCACGCUUCCUGAUUCCUGGCACGUCAGGGCCUGGGGUUGAUUGGGGGACUGUUGUCAUUUUCUGUGGGUGGCUCUUUCUUUUCUCCCCACUAUCUUACCUGGGCCGGUGGCCGUAGUGUUGUCAGUGACCUGUUCCCAGCUGGGGAGGAGUGAAGCCUGCCGAGUCCCAGGACCCAAGAAAUGAAGGAGAGUCUGAAGACCUCUCCUUCUCCGACAGACUUUCAAAAAUGUUGGCGUGUUAGGUGAUGUACUCGGAGUGUGAUUUAGCAAAAACCUUGAGCCCUUGAGGCCAAGUUUUGUAUUUGGUGGUUGAAUUUGGGCCAGUUAAUUCUGACGGGAAAGGCUUAAUUACAGUGAGUGAGCUGGGGACGCAGGGGCCUGGAGGGCGAUGGCUCCUCUGGAAGAGCUUGCCCCGGGAGCCAGGAGCAGGUGCCCGCCCAGGGUGGUCCCCACCCGACCUUGGACUUGCUCCCCGUUUGGUACCAUGCCGGGCAGGUGAUGUCACUUGCACAUGAACAAGUGUGAUAAAAAUGAGGUUCUGAAAAUGUUCCCUUUUUAGCAGAUUUUUAAUGUAUUCUCUUCUUUUUAGCCCGUAUCUAGUCCUAAUAAGUCAUUCUGUUGCAGUAGCAUUAAAAAAGGUGUUUUACUAUGGUAAAAUGUACAUAACACAAGAUAUGCCAUUUUAACCAUUUUAAGUGUACAUUUCAGUGCAUUAGAUGCAGUCACAUUGCUGUGCAACACUUACCGCCAUUGGCCUCCAGAACUUUCUCGUCUCCUCAGACUGACCCUCUUCCCGCCCUAUCUCCCCGGCGCCUGGUGGCCUCUGCCCACCUCCCGUCUGUGUGAAUUGGAUGAUUCACGCUCGUACCACUCGUGCAAGUGGAAUCAUGCGGCAUUUGCUCUCGAGUCUCGCCUGUUUCACUCAGCACCACGUCUUCGUGGUCCAUCCGUGCUGUAGCAUGUUGAGGAUUUCCUUUCUUUCAAAAGCUGAACAGCAUUCCGCAGUGUGGAUGGGCCGCCUUUUGUUUGUCCCUUCAUCCGUCAAUGGGCACAGAGCUGUGGCUCCGUGUGACUAUCGCGCGUGCCAGAGUGUCUGUGGGGUUGCUGGUGCUUGUUGCAGGGCCAGUGGUGGGGCUGGGGUAGGGCCACCUGAGAGUCGCAGGGUUGGGACAGCCAGUUUUCAGUUCACGAAUCACUCAGUUCGUGGCACACAGUGAGCACAGCACAAUUUAGUCAAAGCAGGGAAGAUAGGAAGGGGUACAGAAGCGCUCAAGGAGCGGGAGGGAGGGAGCAGUGGGCCGCCAUGGCGAUGCGGCUGCGACCUCCAGACCAGUGAGUGUGGACGUGGCGACAGCCUGGAGCUGGGUCCUCCACGGAGAGCCUCUGGACCCUGUGCUUGGAGGUUGAAGGUCUCUUAAGGAGUCUGUCAGUGGGUGUGACAGUUACGCCCCGGGGAGUCUGUCUCCAUCCCUUGCUCCUUCUGUUCCAGUGAUGUUUGUUACCAAACACAUUUCUUAUCUAAAGUAGCACUCCUGGUUUAUCACUCUAGCAUUCUUGCAGUUCUGCAGUGGAUGUUUUAAAACAACCAACAGGGAAGAUGACACUGGCCACCAAGGCUCCAUUUUUAGCUACUUAGCAUAGGGUUAACACAGCCUGAAUCCUGUGCGUUUCACAUAGGAAUCAUAACAGCAAAGAAAUCACAUCGGAACGGGUGGGUCAUGAUAAUUGUAUGUUUAACUCUUUGCUGGGCUUUUCCACAGCGGCUUCGUCCUGUUGCUCGCCUGCUGACCAUGCACAGGGGCUGCGGCUUCUCCACAUCCUGACCACUCUUGUUUUCCAUUUGUUUGCGUGUUUGUAAUAACCAUCCUGAGGGGUGCGAAGUGGUGUCUUCUUGUGGUUCUAAUUUGCAUUUCCCUAGUGAUAAGGGGGCUUGAACAUCUUUUCAGUGACUCACUGGCUAUUUGCGUGCUUUCUUUGGAGAAAUGUCUGAGUCCUUUGCCCGUGUUUUAGGUUGUUUGGUUGUUGCUGAGUUGUAACAGCUCUUUUUAUAUUAUGGAUAUUAGUCCCUUACCAGAUAGAUACAUGCUUUGCAAGUAUUUUCUUCUAUGUUAUUUCACUUUCUUGAGAAUGUCUUUGAUUCACAUAAUUUUUAAUUUUAAUGGAGUCUACUUACCUACUUUGCCUUGUUGCCUCUGCUUUUGGUGUCGUAUUCAAGGAAUCAUUGCCAGAUCCAACGUCAUGAAGGUUUUCCCUUAUGUUUUCUUCCAAGGGUGUCGUAGUUUUAGCUUUUAUGUGUGGGUCUUUGACAGCACCAGCUUUCUUCCUGUGCACGUAGGUGUUCAGCUGUCUCAGCUCCACACGUUGAAAAGACGGUCCGCAUCCCCUUGGAGUGGUCUUGGCAUCCUUGUCAGAAGUCAGUUGACCGUGUGUGAGAGUGCAAUAGCAUUUUUUGGCCAAUUUAAUUUUUUAAAAAGAUCUCCAAGUGGUAAAGUAACCUUUUAUGGUUUUUGGGGUACAGUUCUGAGUUUUACCCCCGUGCAGAUUCGUGUAGCCACCCCCACCACCGGAAGACAGAGCAGUCCCGGCCCUCCAGACCCUCCUGCUGGUGUUCUCCUGGUGGGCGCGUCCUCCCCGAGCCCGGCCCCUUGCCUUGCUCCGUGGUGCCCAGGUUUGGUCUCGUCCAGGACGCCCUGCAGGGGCUCGCGCGUCACAGGCUCACCUCGUUCUGUGUGCUUUGCAGAUCCCGCAUCGCUCAUGAGCUGCGGAGGCCUGACGAGCCCGCGGCGAGCAAGUCUCUCGUUGGCGUCUUUUCAGCAGCACUUGUUCACUUCGGUGUCUGUCACAUUUUGGUAAUUCUCACGCUAUUUCACACUCUUUGUUGUUCCUAUGUUUGCUGUGGUGACCUGUGAUCAGCAGUCUUUGCUGUCACUGCUGCUACUACCGAGGGCCCAGACAGUGGUUAGCAUUUUUAACAAUACAGUGUUUUUUCACCAGGGUGUGUAUGUUUGUGGACAUAAUGCGUUACAAGCUCUGUAGACUGCAGUGUGGUGUGAGCAUACGCCCUGGGAAACCAGAGAACUCACGGCCUCACUUCCUUGCCAUCUGCAGCUGCCUGCUGUGGGCGAGAGCCCCGCCGCAGCGUCGCCGUCCCCGGGCGGCUGUGCGGCCCGCCCGCACGAGUCUGCAGAGACGCCCGGGGCUGGCGUGUCGCUCGUUAUUGUUUAUCCCUGAGUCGUCCUGUUUUGUGUGGAUGGACCAUAGUCUGUUUCUCUGUCUGUUUGUUUCUUCUGCUGAAGGUUUUUGAGUUGUUUCCGGUUUCUGCCAGUUAUGGAUAAAGCUGUCAUGAAAAUGUGUGUGUGGGAUUUGGGGGAAGCCCAGGUAUUCAUUUGCCAUGGCAGGUACUCAGGAGUGCGGUUGGUGGGUCCUGUAUUGAGAGUGCAUUAAACUUUAUGAGAAACUUCCAGACUUUUCCAGGCGCUGCACCAACCAGCUGUGUCUGAGAUUCCGGUCGCUCCACUGCCUCACCUUCUUCGAAUGUCGACUUUUGGUUGUUGGGUUUUCAAGCGGUGCUGCCAGGGCUGUGGUGCGUCGUGGGGGUUUUGGCUUGCGUUUCGGGGGGGGGGGGGUGAUGUCAGGCGUUUCUGUGCUCCUGCCUGCCGUCUGCAUGUCUCUUGCUGAAGUGUCUGUCCCAACCCCUGUCUGCUCUCACGCUGUGUUAUUGCUGAGGGUUCUACGUGCCAGUUCUUUGGGAGAUGCGUGGUUUGCAGGUGUUUCUCUGUCCACAGCUUGUCUCCUCAUCCAGCGGUUCCCACGUUGGGUGCCCUUCCUGCAGUCCUGAGGCUCCAGGCCUCCCGCUGCUGCCCUUGUCCUUCUGUCUCAAGUGCGUUUCUUCUAGAGCAGGUCCUCUUGCUCAUGGCCAGUUCUCUUAGUUUCCCUGUGUCUGAAAAUGCCUUUAUUUUGCCUUCACGUCCGGAGGAUCUCUCCACUGUUGCCGAACGCAGCGCUGGGAGCUCUCUCCUCCUGCGCGUUGGAGACCAGAGUCCGCGGGCUGCCCAUUCCUCCCAUGUGGGAAACAUGUGCCUUUUUUUUAAUCUUGGGAUGUUUUUACGUUGUCGUUGGUUUUCAGCAGCUUGGUUAUGACCUGGGCGUGGGCUUCUCCGAGUUUCUCCUGCUUGAGAUUUGCGGAGCUUCUCGAGUGUACACAUUUAUGUUUUCCACUGAAUUUGGGGGCAUUCAGCUGUUACUGCUUCAGAGUGUUUCUUCAGCGUCACGCUCUUUCCUUCCCUUCUGACCCAGUGAUGCAGACGUCCAGCUCUUUAGUCCCGUCCCGCACUCCCGGAAGCUCUGUUCGUUUUGCUCGUCCGCCUCCUUCCUGUCACCGGGGCUGGGUGGUUUGUAUUGCUCUAUUACUGCCUCCCUCCUUUCUCCUCUCCAUUCCAAUAUUGAGCCCACCCGGGGAAUUUUUUAUUUCUGUUGUUGUUAUGUUUCUUAACUCUAAUUUCCACUUGGCUGUGACCUCUGUUCCUGUGCCGAUACUUUCAAGGACGUCUGGCUUCCCUCAUGAAGCAGGAAUAACAGCUGCUCUGAAGUCACUGCUGACUCCAGUGGUCACCUGACCCGCCCGGGCAGGGGCGCCAGCGCUGCUCCCUUCCCGCUGCGCCAUGGCUGCCCCCGACGUGAGCGUCCACAUGGAGGAGGUGGUGGUGGUGACAACACCUGACACGGCGGUGGAUGGCAGCGGCGUGGAGGAGGUGAAAACCGUGCUGGUCACCACCAACCUGGCCCCUCAUGGGGGUGACCUGACAGAAGACAACAUGGAGACAGAAAAUGCAGCGGCGGCUGCUGCAGCUGCAUUCACUGCGUCCUCACAGCUCAAGGAAGCCGUGUUAGUGAAGAUGGCUGAGGAGGAGGAAGGCCUGGAGGCUGAGAUCGUGUACCCCAUCACCUGCGGGGACAGCAGGGCCAACCUCAUCUGGAGGAAGUUCGUGUGUCCUGGGAUCAACGUGAAGUGUGUGCAGUACGACGAGCAUGUCAUCAGCCCCAAGGAGUUUGUGCACCUGGCGGGCAAGUCCACACUGAAGGACUGGAAGCGAGCCAUCCGCAUGAACGGCAUCAUGCUCAGGAAGAUCAUGGACUCCGGAGAGCUGGACUUCUACCAGCACGACAGGGUCUGCUCCAACACCUGCCGCAGUACCAAGAUAGACCUCUCAGGGGCCCGUGCGUCCCUGGGCAGCCCCACGCCGGCCGAGUACAUUCCGCUCACUCCCGCCACGGCCGAUGUGAAUGGGUCUCCCGCUACCAUCACCAUAGAGACCUGUGAGGACCCUGGGGACUGGACCACAGCCAUCGGAGAUGACACGUUUGCCUUCUGGCGAGGGCUCAAGGAUGCUGGCCUGCUGGACGAGGUCAUCCAGGAGUUCCAGCAGGAGCUGCUGGAGACCAUGAAGGGCCUGCAACAGCGGGUCCAGGACCCUCCCUUGCAGCUCCGAGACGCCGUCCUUCUCAACAACAUCGUGCAGAACUUCGGCAUGCUGGAUCUGGUGAAGAAGGUGCUGGCCAGCCACAAGUGCCAGAUGGACCGCUCUCGGGAGCAGUACGCCCGCGACCUGGCAGCCCUGGAGCAGCAGUGUGACGAGCACCGCCGCCGUGCCAAGGAGCUCAAGCACAAGUCCCAGCACCUCAGCAACGUGCUCAUGACGCUGACGCCCGUCUCCCUGCCGCCCCCAGUGAAGCGGCCCCGGCUUGCAAGGGCCACGUCUGGGCCGGCUGCCAUCGCCUCGCAGGUGCUCGCCCAGUCUGCUCCUAUCGCCUUGACCCCGGGCGUGCCCGUCUCCCAGCUCGCCGGCGUGCCCCUGGGCAAAGUGGUGUCCACCCUGCCCUCCCCCGUGCUGGGCAAGGCUGCCCCCCAGGCUGCUCCGGCCGGCUCCCCCGCCUCGCCGCUGCUGGGGGGCUACACGGUACUGGCCUCUUCGGGCACCACCUUCCCCAACACGGUGGAGAUCCACCCGGACGCCUCCAGCCUCACGGUCCUGAGCACGGCCGCCAUGCAGGAUGGCAGCACUGUGGUCAAGGUCGUGAGCCCUCUGCAGCUGCUCACCUUGCCCGGCCUGGGCCCCACCCUGCAGAACGUGGCCCAGGUGUCGCCCGGGGGCAGCACCAUCGUGACAGUGCCCACGGGGGCCAUGGAGAGUGCCGUGGCUGCCCCGGGGCCCGAGGAGCACACAGCCACCAUCGAGGUGGCUGCCAUGGCAGAGGGCCACGAGCACAAGUAGCUGUCAGCGGAGGGUGAGGCCCUCGCGGGCACAGGGCUGGCCGCCUCUCAGGCUGCGGCCGGGCGGGAGCUCGGCGCUAGCGCCCAGUGGCCACGGGGCCACAUGGGGCUGCAGAACCAAAGAGAGGAAACGCCAAAACAGACGUGAGGAGAGGAAGGGGCGUUGCAGCGGCCUGGCACAUGGUCUCCGAGUCCCGAGCCUCCUUCUGUUUUCUUGGGAAAAUAUUUUUCCACCUGUUGCUUAUUAAUACUGUUUACACACUGGGCCCUGGUCGGGAGCCCAUGGGGGAGGCCAUGGAGGCCCAGGUGUGGCUGGUGGCGCGCGUGCAGCGGGGAGCAGGGCCCUUGCCCGCCGGCUGGGAGGCCGUCGCUAGCACGUGUCUUGGGAACUGCCCCCAAGUGUGGAGACUCAUGGAUCCUAUGGAUUUGGUUUCUUCCCACAGUUUUCUGUAGGGCUAGUGUGGCCAGCACCCUGUCCUCCCGUCCCCAGAACAGGUGUCAGCGGGUCUGUCGUGGCUCGGGGGCUGUGGAGUCGGGAUGAGACCUCCGGCACCCGCCUGGCCAGAGGGCCAAGGGGCCUGAGCAGCACGGGUCAGAGUGGGGCACCGCCCCCCACCACCUGGCAGACGCUCAGGGCUCGGGCUCUUGCACACGCUCUGUGGGUGUUUUUAAGUAAACUCCUUAGUCGGCUUCUAGGAAGAGUCAGAUUUAUAGUGUUUUCAGCCUAAGCGAUGCUGAGUGCCUAGGCUUCCCUGUCUGCUCUGGUUCCAGAGUGUUUUGUCCACAGGGGCUGUAGGGACGGCCUCCAGGGAGUGCUGGCGGGCGAGCCUUGGGCGUCAGUCCUGGGCCGGGCGUGGGAUAGCGGGUCCACACCCAGUGCUUACGUGCCUCGAUGGGGGCCCACGAGCGCCUGUGCUGCUGGGGCCAGUGUGGCAGCCUCAGCCCCCGGGACCCUGUCCCCACCUGGAGGUGGGCUGCACCCCGUUGGCUGACACUGUGCCCCAGGGCAUUGGGGGCCAGCGCUGGGCAAAGCAGGUGCCCAGAUGCCCGCGGAAGGCUGUGUGGACCAGCCGGCCAGCUGCAGUUCUGAUCUUGGACUCAGGAGAAGACCAGGCAGAGGCUGCCCUGCCUCAAGCUGCUACAGCAGGGGGUCCCCACGGCCACCCCGGGCCUCCUGUCACCUGCAGAGACCCGGAGAGAAGCCACUGUCCGCCUUGCACUUUGAAGGGACCUGGGCUCCGUCCAUCCGUCCUGUGUCCAUCAGGGGCCCAGGACCCCACCUCAGCACCCUCACCCCACGUCAAGCACUGAGGCUGUUUUGUUCGUCACUUCUGGCCGGCCGUUGUCAUGGGUCGCCGGUUCCUGCGCGAUGUCACUUCCUCGUUUGUUACGCGCUUCUCCUCCAGCCUCAUCUCUGAUACACACAGCAGUGGGGCCCCGUGGGCGUCUGGCUCAGACUGUGGCAGGCCGUGUCGCUAACAAAACUGGGUGUCUUGUCCUUGGAGCCUUUGUCCCAGUCAGACCUGCCGUGUCCUCAAAAGCCGCCCACACCUGCAGGCCGUGGGGCACUGGGUGGAAAGUUCAUACAAAUGGAGGCCACGGAGGCUUCAGAGUCAACUCGCAGCUCCUCAUGGCACCUCUGCCCGCUCGGAGGUGCCCGGAGCCACUCCCGCGGACACUGUGCCUGGCGGGCCCCAAGCCCCAGGGUGUGGGGAGGGGCCCACUGUCCUCUGAGAGACCACCGGCUCUGGGGGUCAGGCCAUCUCGCUGUCAGCACCCGCCCCUUCCUCCCCUUCAGCCCUGGCAGCAGGGGCUGUCCUGUGCUUGGGUUUCGAUUUGAGGGGCUCAGAGGCAGCCUGGGGACGGGAGGCAUCUGAGUUCUACUUUGUAUGCUGUUUUGCAAGUAUCUGCUUGGUACUUUGAUUUAAAAUUAAAACAUUUUUCAUA